GGGUAUAGCUGAGUGCUCAAAUACUUAUACAGGUAAUCUGACCUAAAUACUGUCUGUUAGGGGAAAUGGCUCUGGAACAGUUUUUCCUUGCGGUUCUCCUUGUUUUAGUUGGGUAUAUUUCGCUGUGUUUUCUAAGAAGAAAAUCUGUCAACAAGCCCUACAAGGGCCCUGUGAACUAUCCGAUAGUCGGCUGUGCCUUGCAAUUUUUCCAAAAUCGUCAUAGAUUUCUGCAAUGGUUCACAGAAACAGUGGAAAAGACGCCAACAAAUACUUUUAAGGCGAAACGGCCCGGUGGAGUGAAAGAUAUCGUGACUGCAAAUCCUGCAAACGUAGAGCAUAUGCUCAAGACCAACUUUGAAGAUUACCCAAAGGGACAACGCUUUACAACUAUUCUCCACGAUUUCUUAGGCCGAGGGAUUUUCAAUGUGGACGGUGACCUGUGGAAGAUGCAGAGAAAAACUGCUAGCUACGAGUUUAAUACCAAGUCUCUGAGAAGCUUCAUGGUGAAGACGGUGCAGUGGGAGAUUCAGAAUCGCCUCUUCCCAGUCCUCACAAACGCAUCCAAAUCGGGUAGGUUUUACUCUGCUGUUCCUUUUUGGUGGAGAGUUAAGCGCAUGCUUAACAUUAGUUCUGAAAAGCGCUUGCGCGAAGCUAUUAAACUAGUGGACAAAUUUGCUAUGGAUGUGGUGAGUAGUAGAAGGAAGGAGAUUUCGGUGAGUGUAGGAGGCCCUGAAAGAGAGGAUCUGCUUUCUAGAUUCAUGGCGGCUCUUUCAAACAAUAGAGAUGAAUUAGGCAUAGAUGAUCAGUCAGAAAGUGAGAAGCAAUCCAGUGGCACAAUGGAUAUGUUUUUGAAGGAGAUGGUGGUGAGCUUUCUGUUGGCAGGGAGGGAUACCACGUCUGCUGCUCUCACAUGGUUUUUCUGGGUGCUCUCUUCCCACCAGAGAGAAGAGGAAGCCAUUCACAAUGAAAUUUUACAGAUCUUGGCUAACAGAUCGCAACCCCCAACAGCUGAAUUAGAAGGGAUUAGUUUCAGCUUUGAAGAAUUGAAGGAUAUGCAAUAUCUGCAUGCUGCUCUAUGCGAAUCCAUGCGGCUCUACCCUCCUGUGCCUGUUGAUACUAAGCUUGCCACCAAAGAUGAUGUUUUACCAGACGGGACUUGUGUGGAGAAGGGAAUGAAUUUGAAUUACUGUAGUUAUGCGAUGGGCAGGAUGGAAAAUAUUUGGGGCAGUGACUGUUUGCAGUUUAAGCCUGAGAGAUGGUUAAAAGAAGGGGAAUUUGUGGGAGACAAUCCGUAUAAGUUUCCAGUAUUCAAUGCAGGACCUCGAUUAUGUCUGGGUAAAGAGAUGGCAUUCAUUCAGAUGAAAUCUAUUGUGGCUUCUGUUAUUCAUGGUUUCAGUUUGAAUGUCGAAGAUAGGAUUAAAUGCCCAGAUUAUGUUGUGUCUUUGACCAUGCGCAUGAAAGGAGGGCUAUCUGCUACUGUAAGAUGUCGAUGAGGAUCUGCAUCUGAUGCAUCUGCUCGAUAGGAAUAUUAAGUAGUUUUCUGAAAUCUCUUUGCUUUUGAGUUAGUCAAAGUUGAGAGAUGUAUUUAGCAGACAAAUUAUGUUAUUAUAUUCACUCUUUUUAUGGAAAUUUUUUUGUUGAACUGCCAAUUUAGAGUAGUGUGAGGCCUGCAAAUGUUUUAGAAGAAUAUAAUAAUGUUCAAAUGGUUAUUGAUUUUGUAA